ACAAUCAAUAGACCUUUGGCGAUCUUUCAAAUCUCCAAGUAUUGAAGAUGAUUAAUUUCACAUAUUUCUUGGAUGUAUAUUUGUGGAGUUUACAUUUAAGGUAAAAAUUGAAUUGAAUUGGAAUAAUUGAAAGCGAUGUCGAGUGGUGGGGCAGCUAGUGUUGUUACUAUGAAAGCAACAGCUGCAUUCCCACAAUCAAAUUCGCAAGCACAGAAACAGCAUUCUCAAAACAACUUGCAACUAACUAAUGCGUUUGACCAACAUAUGCAACUGCAACAACAACAGCAACACUUGUUGCAGCAGCAGCAACAACAGCAGCAGCAGCUGCAACACAACCAAAAUCAGCACUCCCAGUUGCAUCGAUUAUCGCAACCUCACCUGUCUUCGUCUAUUCAUCCUGCUCAAUCAGUUGCUCAGAAUGUUGCCGGUCAUCCUGCACAUCCAAGCGUCUUCCCAAAUGCUGAGUUUUUUCAAACAUUACAACAGACUGCAGCUGCUGCAUUACCUACUGUACUCCCUUAUGAUCAAUCUCAAUACAUUGGCCAAUUGAUGUAUUUCCCAUAUCCUACAGCUGCUGCUGCUGCGAACGGACUGUUUAGCGCUGCUCAGUCUAAUGAUAAUCACCAUAUGUCUAUAGGAUCAUCUACACCUGGGGCUCAAGCAACGAUCAUUAAUCAGGCUUCUUGUAAUGCAGGACAGUUACUCAGCGGUGGAAUUGUAUCAGCUACACCUGGUGGAAUGAUGGCUUUGAACAACACAGGUGGUUCUAAUCACAUGAAUAGCGCAAAUCAUCUCUUUGCAUCUGGAGCUGGCCUAGUUGGUAUUGGAGCGUCUGUUCCGAAUGCAGUCUCAGUUACUAAUUCUGUCGCUUCCGCCUCUUUGGCGCCUUUGUUUACAACAGCUCAUUUUUAUCCACAUCACCAUUCACAACAAACGGGUCAGCACCAACUUCAAAUACAACAUCAACUACAACAGCAUCAUCCCCACAAUUCUGUACACAUGCAGCAUGUCCAGUCACUUGCUGGUCAUGCAGGUGUUCAUCUACAGCAACAGCAACAAAAUCAGCAGUCAGUUGCUACUACUGUCCUGUUGCCCAGUUCUGUAUCAUCAGCACAAAUUAAUAUGCUAUCCUCACAACAAGGUCAUCAAUUGGUUCAUUCAACACCACAGUCCCAUGCAAACAAUAAGUGUGAAAAUCUACAGAAAACGGAAGAUAAGUUACAAACAACUCCAGUACAUACACCACAGAAACAGUCUGACCAGGAAUUACUAUCCCAAUCUGCUCAGCUGGGUACACCAUCUCAAGGAAAUAAUAGUUUGGAUGCUAAUUCCACAGUGAAGCGUGAUAAUAAUGGAACAGGACAUUUUGUGUGUGGUGUUUGCGGCCGAGAGUUUGGUAUGCGAUGUCGUCUUAUUGCGCAUACUCGACGCCAUACUGGUGAACGUCCGUUCCCCUGUGCUGACUGUGGAAGAGCUUUUUCAGAUAGAGGUAAUUUACAGCGUCAUCGUUAUACACAUUCAAGUCAACCAAGAUUUCAUUGUGCUGUCUGUGGGAAAUCUUUUCGUCAAGCUUCUUGUUUAUCUAAUCACCGACGUUUUCAUUGUGCUGGAGCCACAGGUCGUCCAUGUCCUUUCUGUCAACGUUCAUUCCGUUCUUCAUCCAGUCUUCAAAUGCACAUUCGGUGGAAACAUCGUGCUGAUGCUGCCGCAGCUGUGGCUGCAGCGGCAGCAGCAGCAGCAGCUAGCGGUUCAUCUUCAUUAUCUGAGGCAUUCACACAUCUACCUGGAUUAACAUCAUAUGUCUCAACUGCAACAGUAAACGGAAUUCCACCUAUGCCCUUAAAUGAAAGUAAUCUUGAUCUUCAAAAUACAACUAUCUUGUCUUCCACAUCAAUUGCUGCCUCAAGUAUGAAUAAUGUCUCUGGUCUAAUGACUCCUAUUACCAGUCAUAGUGGUGGGCGAAUGGAUUCUAUGUUAGGGACAACAACAAAUAUUGGAUCACCGAAUAAAAGAAAAUGGCGUAGAAAACCAAAACCGGAAGAAGCUCGAAAUGCAUUUGGAAAAUUGACUGGAGAUGGAUUGAAUAUAUUGGCUGGUAUCAAUUUAAGUGAAGGAAUCGAUGUAAAUGCUGCUGCAGCUGCGGCUGGGGCAGCUGCAGCUGCAAUUGGAGGUCCAGUUCCCUUGGAUCGUAAGGGAAGACCCUGCAACUAUCCUUGUCCUGCUUGCCCACGUCGCUUCGCUUUCCAGUGUCGUCUCGCUGCUCAUCUACGAUGUCAUACUAAUAUCCGACCGUUUAUUUGUAUUGAUUGUGGUCGUGCAUUCACUCAGAGAGGUUAUUUAGUUCGUCAUGCAGCUGUUCACAAAUUGGAUAGACCUUUUUCUUGUGGGUUAUGUGACCGUUCGUAUAAACAUUAUGGUUCACUUGUAAAUCAUCGACGAACACAUAGUAAGGGAAGUUCAUCAAAUCUAGGAUGUUUAAAUCUUCUUGGGACAAUUACAUCAAAUGUUGGGACGUUGUCAAGCUUAGAGGAGGUCGUAAGCGGUGCAUUGGGUCAAUGCAAUAAAACAGACCCAUCAGAUGCAAUGGGUGGACCGACUACAAUCACGUUGCUCCCUGUUAGUAAAGUUGAGGAAAUUCUACCCGGUGAUCUUAGUGGUUCUGUACAGCAAGUAUGUUUAUCAUCAGGCAAUAAUAUAUUAACAGUUUCGGAUGCCCAAGAACAACAACGAAAUUCAGAUCAAUCACAAGUGUCCUCCCAUCAGCUGACUGCUACUGCAGUAUGGCCGAUUCUAGCUACAGGUGGGAUGAAUCAUGUUUCUCAAGCACAAUUGAUCCCAUCUUCUGUACAGCAAUCACGACAGGCUAUGGUUUCUGGAUCGCAUUUCUCUACUAUAACGAUCUCACCUACACAAAUAGCUCAAUCCAACCAGCCAUCAUCUCAGCAUCAACUCCCACUUGUGACUUCAAGACCUCAACUAGCUCAACCAACAAGCACAACUAUGUUAUCAGCUAGUGCUACUGGAGGUACUCCUACUUUUGUAACUCUCCCUCUAUUUAACGGACCAUCACAAAAUAAUAUGACAGAAUCGGAUAGAUCUGUCAAUGGUCAGUUAACACCUCAUUCUCAUCACCAGUUCCAUUGUCCAACUAGUACACUAUCAGAUUCAGUACAACACCAGCAACAGCAACAACAGCAUCAUCUUCAAAUUUCACAGAGUACUACACCACUUCAACAUAAUCAAAAUCCAUCUCAAACACAGAAUAAUUCAUCUGCUGGAGGAGGAGGUGGUGGCGGCGAUUCAAAUAAUACAGCUCCAGUCUUACAUGUUUUACAACCAUCGCCGAGCAUUUUCUUUUCACCAUAUUACUUACCACAUUCGGCAGCAUCUCAAAUGUAGGCCAGAAAGAAGUGUUUAGGAUUUCUACUGCUGAUAUUUUAUGUAAUUGUGUGCGUCUGUGUACAGCUCAAUGUGGAAGAUACUACUACUUCUACAGGAUAUUGUUUUUAACAAAAAAUCUCUUUUUUUUUCUAAAAUUACAACUUUAAACGAUGAUUAGGAUUAUAUACCCUGUGUGUAUUUCAAAAUACUCUUGUGCAUCUGAAUCACGCAGUAGACACACAAACACACGCGCUCCCGCGCUUACUUGUAUUUGCAAGUACUCCAUAUUGCGAAUUAUUAUUAUUAUUAUUGAUACUGUUACUAUUAUCAUGAUUACUAAAACUACUUAUACUUUUAUUGUUAUUAUUCUAUUAAGUAUUAAUUAUCAAUUAACAUGUGAUCUCUGUUUUCUGCCUAAUUGUUAUGUUUUUACCCUUUAUCCUGUAUGAAUUUUUAUCAUUUAGGGUUUCAUUGAAAUUUAUGUUGACAAUAAAAGAUGCAUAUUGUGAAUUGCAUUUCUCCACUUCUCUUUUUGUUUUCCUUCAUUUUGUGUUACUUACACCUGAAUUUAUUUCAUGAAUGAUCGAAGAAUAAAUCUACAAUCAAUCGUGUACUAGUGCUGCUGACGACGACAACGUUAUUGUUGUUGUCCUCUUAUCCUCUGCCUCUUUUUUUUUUUAAUUGACUCUUUAACGCAACUGAUCAUUUUUUUUGUUAUUAUUAUUAUUAUUUUUGUCUCCAGAGAUCUCUUUUUCUAUGCUUUUCUUUGUUUACUUUCUUUUAAAUGUGUUGUGCUGUAUGAAAUAUUCUUCUAUUGUUCCAUUCUUCCUUGUUUAUUUAUUGCUGAUUAUUGUUUUCUUCAGAAACAUGAAAAAAAAAGUCUCAAUCAUUGGUUGCUUCAAUGAGAUUUUUAUGUGUAAUGUUGUUGUUUUGUUUGUUUUCACUUCCUCUCUCUCUCUCUCUCUUCUCCCCUCUUAUUUUGUCUAUAUCUAUUGUCUUGUGUGUUUCUUUUAACCCAGGAGAAAGAGGCAGAAGGAGAGAGAGAGAGAGAGUUGAUUUUAAUACUCCCUACAUUAUUACGCUUAUAUAUGCAUAAUUAUAAAACUGAGAGAGGUAGUGUACAUGUGUAUGUACUUAUAUUCUGAAUCGAAUGCAAAGUAAUCAUCUGUUCAUUUCUUUCUUUGAUAUAUAUAUGCCUCUUUAAUCUAUAUCCAUAUAUAUAAAUGUAUAAUGUGUAAUUUGAUAUUGUCUAUAUCUAUGUAUUUAUAAUGUACUUUUUAUCGUUUAGUUUUUUAAUGUAAUCUUAGCUUCAUUGUCUCUUUUUCUCUCAUUUACGUAUAUCUUAUCAUCUCUAUAUGGGGUAUCUUUAUUUUUACUAUUGACAUUAUCUGUGUAUUGGUUGUUCAAUACUAUCAUUAAUGAUUUAUAACUAGUAAAUUAUCAUCAUAAUCGACUAAUUAGUAGUAGUCGUAGUAGUAGUAGUAGUAUUCAUAUUUUCUUCAGUAGUAAUUAUACUACUCAACACAAAUACACAGUACAUCUUUCCGUUGUGUAGAGAGAAUUAACUAACCCAUAGUGAUGAUGGGGUUUUGAAAUUGCUCAUCAUCUCCAGCCAAAUGAUUAUUCGACAUUCUUUUUUCAUCCUGCCAAAAAUCCUGGAUGUUCAUGGUUGGUUUUACUUGAUCAAGGUUCAGAGCAGUAGACAUUCUUUUUUUUCUUCUCUCUCUCUCUCUCUGUUUGUAUGUGCUUCACAAUCCCAUUACCUGUUCAUGUAUUGAAUAAACUUCGUUUUUAUUUUAGCGGUUCCUAUUUUCUUUUGAAAAAAAACUUACGAUCAACCAAUGUGUAUCUAUCCGCAUUUUCCUAUUUACCCGGUACGGUUUAGUCAUACAUAACUACACAUGCACACACGCUUACAAAUAUAUAUAUAUAUAUA